AUGGCCAUCGAUAUCAUCGCAAGUCCAAGUGCCCUCUCCAUCGGCAGCAAAUCUGCUGUGGGCUUCCCGCAGUCCGACAAGUUCGAGGAACUCGUCCUUGCCAUGAAGAGAGCCCUUGGUCCUUCGUCGGGACUGACCUCCGAUGAUGUCGACGUCGAUGCCUUGACCGAUCUGAUGAUCAACUAUGACAGUAAUCCAGCCGAAUGGUCCAAAUACGCCCACGGUGAUGCCAGUCGGGGGUACACCCGCAACCUUGUUGACGAGGGGAACGGCAAAAGCAACUUGCUUGUGCUUGUAUGGUCUCCUGGCAAAGGGAGUCCGAUCCAUGACCACGGCAAUGCUCAUUGCCUGAUGAAGGUCCUCCACGGUAGUCUGACUGAAACCCGCUACGCCUUUCCAGAAGACGAUAGUCCAGAGAGACCCAUGGAGGUCAUCUCUGAGAAGACAUAUAAAGAAAACGGUGUCACUUACAUGGCCGAUGAGCUUGGCUUGCACCGUGUAUCCAACAGAGGCAGCGACUUUGCCGUCUCAUUGCACUUGUACACCCCUCCCAAUGUAGCCAAGGAGGGCUGCCAUAUCUUCGAUGAGAAGACUGGCAGGAGUAGUCAUGUUCCUGGGUGCCAUUACUACUCGGUGUAUGGCCGUGUCCUCAAGCAGUAG